UCAGCUCUGACAACUUCAGGCUGCUGCAUGCAUUACCUACACAUACUUUUGUAGUCAGAUAAACCCUCUGACAGAGAGUUAUGAGUGGCUGAAGUAAGACAUCAUACACAUGCAUGGAAACAAUAAAUGGCCCGGAGCUGUUGAAGAGGCUCUGAAAGCGUCUUUAUGAAAGGUACACGUCAAGUAUCAAAGACUUAUUCAAAGCUGAUCUAUGUGGCUUGGGCUAGGAUGAGGCUAGUGAGAAGCCCUAGGCACCUCACUCUUAAGAAAACACUCACUCCCAGGGUCACCCACCUACAAGAUCUGCACUUGGGUGACCUGAGAGUGAGUGCCUCCUUAAGCUGUGUGCUCUAGAUGCCCCACCUGCCUCACAAUAGCCCCAGCCCUGCUGGUCUACUGGGAGAAUGACAGGCUCCCUGUUUCAGCAAUGAUGAAUGGAAACAGUGGACAUGUCAGAUAUCCAGGAGACUCUGUGCCCCCAAAAAGAUGGGAAACAGUAAAAGCUGGGUCUCUUCCCUACCAGAAAAAAAGUGGUCUGGCAUGAAAGAGGUUAAAAAGCAGAUCCUAUCCAGUAGGGUAAGACUCGGGUUAUUGUCUUCCCCAUAUACUCCAGAAAGCCAACUCCAGAAAGUUUAAAUGAGUUAGGUGAGGUCCUAUAGCUGGUUAAUGACCUAACCAGAUAUGCAGCCUGCUCCUCUGAAGCCUUCUCACCACCCAGUGAUUCGCUUUUUUGCUGACCUCAUGAUGCUCUUGAGAGAAGAUAGAAUAACUAGAACUGGUGAUACCAACAUAGACGACUAGACUAAAGCCUCCUAAUAAGGCUAAAUUGAAGAUAGUGCGAAGGUGUUCAUCCUCAACAUACCAGUUCACCCUCAAGUCCUUCAAUAGCUGGGAAAGCCCUCCUCUCUCAGAGAAUGAUAAGACUUUGCCUUCAGGUUUUUCUGGCAGACUGGAUCUGGGGCUGGCACUGGCCACAUGAAUGUCUAAUUAAUGGACAGAUGAUGAGAACAGCUAUUAUGUUAUUUGUUCCGGGGCAGGAGACUCUCUGGGCCUAUUUUAUAUGGGGAAACGUCCCUAUAGGGCAAAGGCAAGUGAAGAUUAGCUCAGUAAUCAAUUUUAGAAGUACAGUCAGGCCUCAGGGACUACAACAUCCCUCCCUUCUUAGAGCAUGGCAAGAUAUUUGACAUCAUGAGGCCCUGCUGGAGACACAUAACCUCAGUCACAGCAGAAAGUAGAGUCGGUAGGAGAAGUAUUGCCAACCCACAGCUCAAUGGGAAAUGUUUCUGUCUCUUUAAACCAUAACCAUGGGGCCCACCCUGAGCUUCCUGAUUUCUGAAGUCUGAGUGAUUUCCUCCGUGUGCCGAGAGGAAACAGCCUUCUGCACUCACAGCCGAAGGGAAAGCAGCAGGUUGGGGCUUCUUGUGGCCAACUUCAGAGCCUGUCACCAGGAAAGGUAAGCAUGGGAGGAAGGAAGAUGGCGACAGAUGAAGAAAAUGUCUAUGGUUUAGAAGAGAACACUCAGUCCCGGCAGGAGUCCACGCGGAGGCUCAUUCUUGUUGGGAGAACAGGGGCCGGGAAGAGCGCCACUGGGAACAGCAUCCUGGGCCAGAGACGGUUCUUCUCCAGGCUGGGGGCCACGUCUGUGACCAGGGCUUGCACCACGGGCAGCCGCAGGUGGGACAAGUGCCACGUGGAAGUCGUGGACACUGCGGACAUUUUCAGCUCCCAAGUGUCCAAGACAGAUCCUGGCUGUGAGGAGAGAGGUCACUGCUACCUGCUCUCGGCCCCCGGACCCCACGCGCUGCUCCUGGUGACCCAGUUGGGUCGGUUCACCGCCCAGGACCAGCAGGCGGUGAGGCAGGUGAGGGACAUGUUUGGGGAGGACGUCCUAAAGUGGAUGGUCAUCGUCUUCACCAGGAAGGAGGACCUGGCCGGGGGCUCCCUGCACGAUUACGUGAGCAACACAGAGAACCGGGCCUUGCGCGAGCUGGUGGCCGAGUGCGGGGGCCGGGUCUGUGCCUUUGAUAACCGGGCCACCGGCCGGGAGCAGGAAGCCCAGGUGGAGCAGCUGCUGGAGAUGGUGGAGGGCCUGGUGCGGGAGCACAAGGGCGCCCAUUACUCCAACGAGGUGUAUGAGCUGGCGCAGGUGCUGCGCUGGGCAGGCCCUGAGGAGCGGCUCCGGCGGGUGGCGGAGCGCGUGGCAGCCAGGGUGCGGAGGAGGCCAUGGGGCGCCUGGCUGUCGGCCCGGCUGUGGAAGUGGCUGAAGUCCCCCAGGAGCUGGAGGCUGGGCCUGGCCCUGCUGCUGGGGGGCGCGCUCCUGUUCUGGGUGCUGCUCCACAGGCGGUGGUCGGAGGCCGCUGCGGAGGUCGGGCCUGACUAACAGCGCAGGUCCUAAAACUGAAGGCAACUUGGUUAAGAGAGGCUGAAUUCUUGGAGCUGAAGGGAAAACUUCAUUCCAACGGAAGGAAUCCUGUAGUUUCAGGCAUAGUUUUAAUGACACAGAAAACUUUGAAUGCUGCAUCAUCUUUGCAACUUUGCCAAGGCUCAGAGUUCACUUUUUAAGUUUUUAACUCAUUUUAAAUGAUGUGUAUGCAGAGUUUUAAAAUAAAUUCGUCUAACAAUAA